UACAUGUAUACUGUGUGGUACAGGUUGGGAGAGAAUACAGAGCAGCCAAUAAACAUAAACAAGUCAUAUCUUUUGAUGAAGCAGUGCUUAAAAUCAUACAAGAGGAAGAUUCAGUUAUUCCUAAAGACAAAGAGCCAAGCGAGGUUAAAGAGAAGGAGCAAAUUCCAACUGAGAUAAGAAAUGGAAGUGCUGGAUCAGUUAAAAAUGGAAGUGCUAAAUCAGUUAAGAGCAGCAGUGCUAAAUCAAAUAAGAGUGGCAGUGCGGAAUCAGUUAAAAAUGUGAGUGCUAAAUCAGUUAAAACCGGAAGUGCUAAAUCAGUUAAAACUGGAAGUGCUAAAUCAGUUAAAACUGGAAGUGCUAAAUCAAUUAAGAGUGGAAGUGCUGGAUCUGUUAAAAGUGGAAGUGCCGAGUCAGUUAAGAAGGGAAGUGCUAGAUCAAUUCAGACAGGGAGUGCAAAAUCAGUUAAAAGUGGUAGCGCUGAAUCAGUUAAAAGUAGAAGUGCUGAGCCAGUUAAGAAGGGAAGUGCUAAGUCGAUUAUAAGUGAUAAAAAUAUUGAAAGUGAUAUGACUAUCAAUGUGGAGAGCGAAAAUCCAGUCAUGCCCUAUCAUGAUGAUAAAACUGUUAAAACUGACAAAGAUAUUGAAGAAAGUGAUCCAAAAAUAGUUGACCCAGAUGAUGGAAAUUCCACAGAAAUUGACCAAGGUGAUGAGAAGUCUACAAAUAUUGAUCAGGAAAGUUUGGCUGAAGACAACCAAAUGAAAGAGAUGUCAAUUGCUGAAACUAGCCAAGGGGGCAUUGAGAUUACUAAACCUGUUCUGGUAUUGCCAGAAGAAGAAAACCCUGUUGAACAUGAUAAAGGUAGCGAAGAAUCUGUCAGUAGUGAACAAGAGACUGAAACUAAAUAUGAUGAUAUUGAUAAAAAUAGAGAACUACCUUUUGAUCUGCUUAAACCACUCUCUCCAAUAUCAGAGAAAACUGAAGUAAGCAUUGAACUAAAAAGAAAAAAGAGAGAGAAAUCAAGUAAGCCUUCGUUCAAGGAUGCUGGGAAGGAAGUCGUGCAGCUGAUACAGAUAUCAGAAAAAGUCAAACAGGAAGAUGCCAAAAAUGAUGUGCUCAUGUCAGAAGGCAAUGACACAGAGGAGGAUGAUGGGGACGAUGGUUAUGAGAUUGAUGAGGUUAAACUUGUUAUCCAUAUAGAGAUUUAUAGCUUUCAGCUUUACUGAGAAUUUAAUGUCACUGUUACUGCCUGAAUUGAAUGAGGGGG